CAGCCUUGGGUCACUGUUCGGUGGGCGGGGCGCUGGGCCCUCAACUGUGGCACUGUGUACCCCUUAGUGGAUUUGUCCUUGGUGAGGGACGACAUCGGCCGAGUGUACCUGUGUUAUGACAUGUGCAAAGAUUCUGCCUACCUUUUGACUAUGAAGGAGACAGACCUGGAGGCUGUUGCAACAGCAGUCCAAAGGGUUGCUGGGAUGCUUCAGCGCCCAGACCAACUGGACAAAGUGGAGCAGUAUCGCAGAAGGGAGGCUCGGAAGAAGGCCUCUGUGGAGGCCAGGCUAAAGGCUGCAAUCCAGUCUCAACUAGAUGGGGUACGCACAGGCCUAAGCCAGCUCCACAAUGCGUUGAAUGAUGUCAAGGAUAUCCAGCAGUCACUGGCUGAUGUCAGCAAGGAUUGGAGGCAGAGCAUCAACACCAUUGAGAGUCUCAAAGAUGUAAAAGAUGCAGUGGUGCAGCACAGCCAGCUGGCUGCUGCUGUGGAGAACCUCAAGAACAUAUUCUCUGUGCCUGAGAUUGUGAGGGAGACCCAAGAUCUCAUCGAGCAAGGGGCCCUCCUACAAGCCCACCGGAAGCUAAUGGAUCUGGAGUGCUCUCGGGAUGGGCUAAUGUGUGAGCAGUACCGCAUGGACAGUGGGAACAAACGGGAUAUGACCCUCAUUCAUGGCUACUUUGGUAGCACACAGGGGCUCUCUGAUGAGCUGGCUAAGCAGCUGUGGAUGGUGCUGCAAAGAUCACUGGUCACUGUCCGUCGGGAUCCUACCUUGCUGGUCUCUGUGGUCAGAAUCAUUGAAAGGGAAGAAAAAAUUGACAGGCGGAUACUUGAUCGAAAAAAGCAAACUGGGUUUGUUCCUCCUGGAAGGCCCAAAAACUGGAAAGAAAAAAUGUUUGCCAUUUUGGACAGAACUGUGACAACUAGAAUCGAAGGUACACAGGCAGACACCAGAGAGUCUGACAAGAUGUGGCUUGUGCGCCACCUGGAGAUCAUUAGGAAGUAUGUCCUGGAUGAUCUCAUCGUUGCCAAGAACUUGAUGGUCCAGUGCUUCCCUCCUCACUAUGAGAUCUUUAAGAACCUCCUGAGCAUGUACCACCAGGCCUUGAGCACUCGGAUGCAGGACCUUGCGUCAGAGGACCUUGAGGCCAACGAGAUUGUGAGCCUCUUGACAUGGGUCCUAAAUACCUAUACCAGUACAGAGAUGAUGGGGAAUGUGGAGCUAGCCCCAGAGGUGGAUGUUAGUGCCCUGGAACCUCUCCUCUCUCCAAAUGUCAUCUCCGAGCUGCUUGACACAUACAUGUCAACACUCACGUCCAACAUCAUUGCCUGGCUUCGGAAAGCACUGGAAACAGACAAGAAAGACUGGAGCAAGGAGACAGAGCCAGAAGCAGACCAGGAUGGCUACUAUCAGACUACACUUCCUGCCAUUGUAUUCCAGAUGUUUGAACAGAAUCUUCAAGUUGCUGCUCAAAUAAGUGAAGAUUUGAAAACAAAGGUAUUGGUGUUGUGUCUUCAGCAAAUGAAUUCUUUCCUAAGUAGAUACAAAGAUGAAGCCCAGCUUUACAAAGAAGAGCACCUGAGAAACCGGCAACACCCUCACUGUUAUGUGCAAUACAUGAUUGCCAUCAUCAAUAACUGCCAGACCUUCAAAGAAUCUAUCAUCAGUCUGAAAAGGAAGUACCUAAAAACUGAAGCAGAGGAGGGCCUAUGUCUGAGUCAGCCAAGCAUGGAUGGGAUUCUAGACGCCAUUGCUAAGGAAGGCUGCAGCAGUCUGCUAGAGGAGGUCUUCCUGGAUCUAGAGCAACAUCUGAAUGAGCUGAUGACAAAGAAGUGGCUGUUAGGGUCAAACGCUGUGGACAUCAUCUGUGUCACUGUAGAAGACUACUUCAACGACUUUGCCAAAAUUAAAAAGCCAUAUAAAAAGAGGAUGACAGCUGAGGCACACAGGCGUGUGGUGGUGGAAUACCUGAGGGCUGUCAUGCAGAAGCGAAUUUCCUUUCGGAGUGCUGAAGAGCGCAAGGAAGGUGCUGAGAAGAUGGUCAGAGAGGCUGAACAGCUCCGCUUCCUGUUCCGGAAACUGGCAUCUGGAUUUGGUGAGGAUGCAGAUGGACACUGUGAUACAAUUGUUGCAGUGGCAGAGGUCAUUAAGCUUACAGACCCUUCUCUGCUCUACCUAGAAGUCUCAACUCUGGUCUCCAAAUAUCCAGACAUCAGAGAUGACCACAUUGGUGCACUGUUGGCACUGAGAGGAGAUGCCAGCCGGGACAUGAAACAGACCAUCAUGGAGACAUUGGAGCAGGGCCCCAUGCAAGCAAGCCCCAACUAUGUACCUAUCUUCAAGGAAAUUGUUGUGCCUAGUCUGAAUGUGGCAAAGCUCCUUAAGUAGCCCUGUCCUCCCUACUGCCCUAUGUAUCUUUACUGUGUGGCUUUCCUGUUGUCACCAUAUUAAAACAGCAGUCUGUCUCUAGGUGCUUUGUAUGAUGUCAGUUACAUGUUCUUGUCUUCUGUGGCAUCACACUGUUCUCUACUAUGAGAAAAAAAGGAUGUGUAGUAGGCGUCACUUUUUCUUCCCUGCUGAUGUCUUGCUCUGCUUAAUUAACACUUUGAACCUCUGCCACUUAAUUAAAUGAAAAGAAAGCCAGGAAGCUUUUCAUUCCUAGUUGUUACUGGUUGUGAUACAGCCAUGUCCAGAGACUACAGGAGAUCAUCAGGUCCUAGCUGACCUGGGAGUAGUCCUGAGCAGUCUAUGGGGCCAGGAUCUGCCCUGGCCUUUCUGUCAUUCUGAUGUCCAUAGCUCUCCUCGUACAUGGAUGGUUGUCCUUUUGUUCUAGAGCUCCAGGGACUACCUUAAAUUAAACAAGGUUGGAGGGCCUGAUAGGGGCUGUCCACGUGGCUGUGUACCAUAUGGCCAUCCUUGAAUGUGUAGACUAAUGAAAUAUUUUCUUUCUACUCUGUAUGACAGUGUUAACAUUCUGAUUUUAUUUCAUUCUUACAAAGUGUAAAAAAAAAAAAAAAUCACAACCCUUUU